GUCAUGUGAUUGCGUUUCGUAAAUAUUUAGGUAGUUGGCAGGCCAGGAGUUAAAACUUCUUGAUCCUCAUUGAUUAUUCAUUUCCAGUACUUAUUUAAAAACCAUAGUGUUUUGUUAAUGAUUUUUCCAUUUCUAAAAAAAAUGGCGUUCGUGUUAUUCGCGAGUUUAAUUGUAAUUAUUUUCAUUUUAAUGAAAUACGUGGAUAAAUUGAGAAACAAAAGGUUUUACGAACUACUGAAGCAAUUUCCAUCGUAUCCUAAAUUACCUUUAUUUGGAAAUUAUCUUAUGGCUCGCGUUUCACCAAAAGAUAGGAUGAGAACGAUGGAAAAUAUAAUGAGACCUCAUCGUCGGUUACUUUUCUGGUUGGGCCCCUUUCCUGUCAUAGUUUUGAAAAAAUAUGACGAUAUUAUAGCUAUAUUAAACCAAAGUCAAGAUCGUGACCAAUUUCUCAACUUGGGAGAUGAAUGGUUGGGCACCGGAAUAAUCAACGCUAACUAUGACGAAUGGAAAAAAUCGAGAAAAAUUCUCGCACCAGCUUUCAGUUCGAUUAUGCUCUCGAGAUACGUGGAUGUUUUUAAUAAAAAAGCUUCACUUCUUGCGGACUCCUUUGAGGCGACAGCAGAUUCUGGCGAAGUAUUCAAUAUUCGAGAAACUUUGGUGAAAACUAAUCUUGAUAUAAUUAUAGAAAACACAAUCGGUGUACCAAUUGAUAGCUUGGGAGAAGAAGGAAAACAAUUUGCUGAUGCUGUUCCCCAGGCAUUGUAUAACAUAGGAAAGCGCAUGACAAGACCUUGGUUAUAUCCAAGUUUUAUUCAUAAAAUGUAUUUAAAACUAACAGGAAAAGAAAAUAUUAUCCAGCAAUAUCGUAAUUUGCCUGCUAAGAUAGUGAAAGACGCCCUGAAUAAUCAUAAAAACCAAAAAGAUUUAGAAGAAAAUGACAUUUCUUCAAAAUCAAUUAUCAGUUUAAUCGUUAAAGGAGGCCUGCAAGAGCCAACGUUCACUGAAACACGCAUGACAGAUGAACUUAUACAAAUAAUUAUUGGAGGUAGUGAAACUUCAGAAUUAAAUGUGGGAUACACUCUUCUGAUGCUGGCCAUGCAUCAAGAUAUUCAACAAAAAGUUUAUGAAGAAGUCUGUGAACUUUUCAAAAACAACGAAAGUCUUACUGCAGAUCAUUUAUUGCAUCAAUUGAAAUAUUUGGAACAAUGCAUCAAAGAAACCACAAGAAAAUAUUCUCAUGCAACGAUUACAGUAAGACGAACUCAUAAAGAAUGCAUAUUAGGAGACAAUACGAUUAUACCAGCUAAUAUCACAGUCGUACCACUUUUACAUCUUGCCAACCAGGAUCCCGAGUUAUAUAAAAAUCCAGAAAAAUGGGAUCCGGAACACUUUAGCGAUGACGCAGUGGAAAAUCGACCCAAAGGAAGUUUUAUGAGUUUUGGGAGUGGGCCACGAUCUUGUUUAGGGGGAAGGUAUGCCAUAAUGUCAAUCAAGACUCAAAUUGCGUAUGUUAUACGAAAAUAUCAUCUAUCAACAAACAUAAAGGAACUAACUAGAGAUAACUUGUCAAUAUUUUUGAGUAUAGGAAGUAAAAUUGGUUAUCCUAUAAUAUUCACAAGAAGAAUGCCAUGAUUACUUUCUACAUAAUUAUCAUCUAAAGCUGAUUAUGAAAUAAAUUCCUUCGUUUGGUAUUCUAAA